AUGUCCGCCAAGUCGAUUCUCGAGGCCGACGGCAAGGCCAUCCUCAACUACCAUCUCACCCGCGCCCCCGUUAUCAAGGCCAGCCCUCUUCCUGCGCCUACCACUCACAACCCCCCCAGCAGACUCGCCUCGCUGCACUUCCCUGAAGAUGCCAACGUUGCCGACAUCCUGAACCAGGCUGAGGUCACCUACCCUUGGCUUCUCCAGCCCGACGCCAAGUUCGUCGCCAAGCCCGAUCAGCUCAUCAAGCGGCGAGGAAAGAGCGGUCUUCUGGCCCUGAACAAGUCCUGGCCUGAGGCUAAGGCUUGGGUUGCUGAGCGAGCCGGUAAGGAGCAGCAGGUUGAGCACACCACUGGUGUUUUGAGGCAAUUCCUUGUCGAGCCUUUCGUGCCCCAUCCCCAAGACACUGAGUACUACAUCAACAUCAACUCAGUCCGUGAUGGCGACUGGAUCCUCUUCACCCACGAGGGUGGUGUUGAUGUCGGUGAUGUCGACGCCAAGGCUGAGAAGCUCUUGAUCCCCGUGGACCUUGCUGAGUACCCCUCUAACGAGGAGAUUGCUGCCACUCUCCUCAAGAAGGUUCCCCAAGGUGUCCACAACGUCCUCGUUGAUUUCAUCACCCGCCUAUACGCCGUCUACGUCGACUGCCAGUUUACCUACCUCGAGAUUAACCCUCUCGUUGUUAUCCCCAACGAGGACAAGACCUCUGCCGAAGUCCACUUCCUUGAUCUUGCUGCCAAGCUCGAUCAGACUGCUGAUUUCGAGUGCGGUGUCAAGUGGGCUAUUGCUCGAUCCCCCGCUGCUCUUGGCCUCACCAACAUUGCUCCUUCUGCUGAUGGCAAGAUCAGCAUCGAUGCUGGUCCCCCUAUGGAGUUCCCUGCUCCCUUUGGUCGUGAACUGACCAAGGAGGAGGCUUACAUCGCUGACCUUGAUGCUAAGACCGGUGCUUCCCUAAAGCUUACCGUCCUUAACGCCAAGGGCCGCAUCUGGACACUGGUUGCCGGUGGUGGUGCUUCCGUUGUUUACGCCGAUGCCAUUGCCUCUGCUGGUUUCGCCGACGAGCUUGCCAACUACGGUGAGUACUCCGGUGCUCCCACCGAGUCUCAAACUUACCACUACGCCCGAACUGUGCUCGACCUUCUCCUCCGCGCUCCUCAGGCCGAGGAGGGUAAGGUUCUCUUCAUCGGCGGUGGUAUCGCCAACUUCACCAAUGUUGCCAGCACCUUCAAGGGUGUCAUCCGAGCGCUGCGCGACUUCGCUCCCAAGCUGAUCGAGCACAAGACCUCCAUCUGGGUGAGACGUGCCGGUCCCAACUACCAGGAGGGUCUCAAGAACAUGAAGGCCGCCACCCAGGAGCUCGGCCUCGAUGCCAAGAUCUUCGGCCCUGAGAUGCACGUCUCUGGUAUUGUGCCCUUGGCUCUCGUUCCCGGUAAGUGGGAGGAGAGCAAGGCGCAGGAGUUCCAGGCUUAA